AUGUUGGAAACGCCAGAUGUGGUAACCUCAUGGGAUAUUCGUGGAGUAGAGCAAAGUAAUACUGUUCUUCACUUAGAAUGCAAGAUGAAGUUGCCCUAUUUUUGGUCUUUAUUUUUUAUGAAUACAGAUAAGGCUGUUAAGCGUUCACUUACUUCCCUCGUUUAUUUAACCUAUUUAACACCCUAGUAGCAAAUCCAUAGCAAGACGUUGGUGCCUCGCUGUGGAAAAGUCACGAUACUAUGACCAAUUUAUAGCGGAUGUUGUCCAUGUGGUUGCUAUCGAACCAACGGCGAAAAGUCGCGAUACGGCGCCAUGCAGCUGCGGGACGCCUUCCCCUUGCAGCUUUUACGUUUUAACACCUCUCAUCCGAUCUAUUUCUAUGCGUACUACGUUACCUCCAAGAAAGUUGAAUGAAGGCGUUGUGACACAGGAAAAAUAAGGAUUUAUUAUGAAAAUAUAAAAUACAGUAAUUAUCAGCAUCAAUCGAGCGUGAGUAUACUCACGCGCCCGGGACGAGGACGGUCCUGUUGACGGUUCAAUACCAAGUAGGUGUAAUAAGAGUUUGGUUUCACUAACCAUUAGAGUCAUCUAGAAUAGAAUCCUGCUGAAAACGUCGUUUACGUUGGACGUCGGCCUUUUGAAGUCGGACUCGAGUUCAUAAAUGUCCACCCUCUCUCCUCUGUUCCAUGCUGUGUAAACGUCUAUUUGGCAUGCAGUUACAUAUAAGCAAGGGCCUACCCUUUAUCACUUCAUACACCUGUGAGCCGCGCAGGCCUUCCUUAGUCUUCUUCCCCCGAAGUUUAUAUCCAUGGUUGCCUCGUCGUCAAAGAGGGCAUCAAAUACCUCUGAGUUACCAGCGGACGACUCCCGGUCUGAACAGUCCGCUCGAUAAUGUUUGCUACCGCCAAAGAGCAGAUCCUUUUCUGCAUCUAUUUCUCUUGAUCUUCUUCUUCUUCACAUGCCGCCUAAUAGUGCGUUUACCGCGGUUAGCUAAUAGGUCAUAUACCGGGGUCCUAUCUCUAUCUAGAAUAUAAUUGUCUUAUUCCUGGAGUUCCUCGGAAGGAAGCUAAAAGUUUAACGUGUGCAAGCACACACAGAUUAUUUACAUCCCGAGGCAUAUCCGUUCUAAGAACUUUGGCUUUUGCGUUUGCUGUAUGACGAUGCGUUUUGCUUUAAGAAAUUUCCCACGUAUACUAUGUUUCAUUUCCACCGCCUUUUUAAGUUGUCGUUCCCAACCAUAAGUUCCAAUUUACUUUAAUAAACUGUUGCUUAUAUGCGAACUUGUGAACGUAUAUGUAGACCAAUCGUAGGAGGUUCGUCAACUCUUUUUCAUCCAAUGUGCCUUAAAAUCCAAUCCUGUAGUAUGGAAAAAGGAGGAAGAAUGGAAAGAGCUUCUUGCAAAGGAAAUCGAGGGACUGCAAAGACGACUGUCGGAGAAAGAACAGAAAAUAUCAACGCAGAGCGCCCAGUUAGAUGAAAUCAAACAGUCGUUCCUGUACAACUUCGAACUUCUAAAAGGGCGUGAUGCCGAGUUGUCGCGAUUCGUGAGAGCAACAGCCUAUUUAAAAUCGGUAAGUUUCAUUGCACUCUACCCCUAUUUUUAUGUGCUUUUGACGUUGCACUGCAUAACUGGUCUGGCCUGCUGCAUACUACAACGUAGCCGCAGUUCAGACGUCCUCCACCCAUUGCGGUCGAUCGGUAAGCUCGUAUGGACGGUUUAGCUGUUAUGCAUAUUAACCGCAUGCAUCGUAGACCUUGGGGACAAAUAUGUUCUACAGGCGCGUUUAACACAGAUUCACCACGAGGCCGUCGCCAGACGGAGUCGGAUGCAGGGAUUUUGGCGCUUAAGACGCUUCAGAACGACUGAUCUGGCAAUUGGAAAUGACGCAACUGACCAAUUAUGCUUCUGGCUGCCUAACGGCGAUUGGAAAGCACACAAUGCACACGAAAACUCUAAUAAUUUCAGACUGCGGUAUCUUGUCUGCUUUCAUAUCCGAAUGAAAAUGUUUCAAAGAAGCCCCAUGCUUUACGUGCAUCAUAUAACUGAUCCCGCAACGAUUGCAGAGGUUUUUGGGAAAGCAGGCAAAGAUAGUCUCUUCCCGAUUGGCCAUUCAGUUUCCACACGCGGACUGGUCGCGUGCUUUAGAGAAAGCAGGCAUAGAUAGCUGUUUUUGGUUUUUAGCGACUAAUACACCUUGGGCUGCUCUCAACGAACAGGUCUUUCUCAUUCCACCUGGUGUUCGGAUUUCCGGCGUCGCGAUCAGAGAACAAAGCUCUGGACGGCCGACUCUUUCUCAUGAUUAGUAAUGCACUUAUUAAACGCCAAAACGUUCAAACCGGGGAAAGUUAAUCGCUUAUUGUGAGAUUAAUGUAGAAGCCGGCUUAUAUCCAGGUAUCCAUCAUUCCUAUUGUUUUUUUAUCAAUGGUUGGUACAAUCCCUAUAAGUGUGCUUAUGCUAGACUUCUAGCUUGCGUCCAGCAUAUUUAUCUCUUUCGCCAGCAACACAAACUAUCUUGGCCAUCCAAUCCCCAACACGGUUGUCUUGUCUAUUUUCUGUCCGGACGUCCCUGCGGCUCUUCCUUGUAACGGUGUUCGUAUUUUUAUUCCAUACCCCGCAUACUCUUAACAGCUCAUCUCCAAACGUGAUCAAGAAAUCAGCGAACUCAAGGUUACUGUUGAUAGACUAACCAGUGAAUUGACAGCUAGUCGUCAGAGUGAAACAGAAUGGAAGAGCCGUUUCGAGGAGGAGACCAGCCGAGCCGUCGUGCGGGAGACGGAUCUGCGCCGGGCAUCCAACCAGGCUCUCUCCCAGCUCACUGAAAGUGAGGCCGCCGAAAGACGCCGCUUGCAGGCCCAGAUCACUCGUCUCGAGGCUGACCUAGAGGCGGAACGGGUUCGUGCCGCGACUGAUCUUGAAGCGGCACUCGCAGAAGCUGCACGACGAGCGAGCGAUGCUGCCGCCGAGGCUGCACAAUCUCGCUCGGUGCUGGAGUUAAGAGUCAGAGCAGCCGAGGAGGCCGCAAACCUUGCACGCCAAGAAGCACGCCAUACAACCAGCGAACUUUGUUCAACACGCGAGACCCUAUUAAAACUGGAGUCCGAGUUGGCAGUACAAAAGGGGGAGGUGGAGAGCCGGGAAGCCAGAUUGGAGAUGCAAAACAAGGCACUGAACGCUGCUGAAAGACAUUUGACUGCUGCGCAGUCCAAAUGGGCGCGUCUGGAGGCCCGUCGAGAUAAGGAGAGGAUGGAAAUGCGGACAGAAAUCAAGGAACUGAAGUAAGUAUUCAACCUCAACUCCACUUGCACGGCGUGUUGGUUAGGGCCUGGGCGUCCAAAAAUUCAAUUACUAAUGGAAGAACGAAACAACUUUUUAGGUCAAGAUCUGAAAUUUGACAUCACUGCUGCCAAGCAUAUUCGAUCUUGUUCAGCGAGGAACCGUCUUUUAUUGUUGUUUAUGGACCGAGAUUUAAGGCAUCUUGCGGUCCGGUUCGGAUGAAAUACCAAUCUAUCCUCCAGUCAUUGAGAACUAUCAAAUAUGAGUUCUCAUACCCGUUGUAAACUUUAAAGUCGAACUCGGGUGCGGAACCGCCUGCCUUCCGCCACCGACUCCUACGACAGUAUAACUCUUAAACGCUAUUGAUCUUGGCCUCAUUUCCUUCGGUACCGUUUCUGCUUGUUCGGAUCGAAAUUAAUGUCCGCAGCAACAGACGUAAAUCUACAUCUCAAUGGAAUCCUGGACUCUAACUCUCAGGACCGACGACUGGACUUACAGUUUUAAAUCUCUACGCCUGAGUGUGCGUUAAGUCAAGUAUUCAGGCCAUUUUACAGUCGUUGCAGGAGUGAAAAUAUUAAUAGUAGAGGAAAUGAGAUCUCCAGGCACCGCAUCACAAGAAGCGAAGACGUUCACGGGAAGAAAGAUAUAUUUACUGUCUAAAGAUCUAGCAGCAAAUUCGACCGUUCGCCGUUAACAAAGAAAGCAGGGAAACGGACACUGGAUAUGGUAGGCCACAUCGUAUUGUGUACCCAGGUUUCACUGGUCUUUAAUUUUUACACUGGACUUGCAUAUGGUUAUUUCGGGACAGUAUGCAAUCCCCACUCCCCGUUUCGCAACCAUUUGCACCUACACCUGUGCGCACGAUGUUCUUGAUGAACUUUUCAAUGUGCCCAAAGCCGUUCGCCCAUCACUCCUUUUUCCAUAAAUCUACAGUUAGAAUAAAUGACCUUUGUUAGAAGCCAACAUGUAGGACCGUUCAGUCCGCACCAUGAGUUUUUAGGUACGUGUACUGCCUUUUCACAGUUUACAAAAUACUCUGUUUGAUCUUGAAUGUCCGCACUCCUCCAUUGUUCGCCCAGUGACAGUGGGACGUAAGUUAAUAUAGGGUAAUGACAUGAAACACAUGGGCCUUCAGUGUUCGCUAGUCUUAACCUCAAAUUAUGUUCAACAAACCGGGAACUUUACGUCUGUGUGCUCCGCUGUAGUUGGUCUAUUGGUAUUUUUACAUCUUAUACUAGCCAAAGUUCUAAGACAGGCUUCUGAGUGCUUCAUUUCUGCCCUUCAGGGAGGCCUUGGAUCAACGCAACAAUGAGCUGGCAACUACUAUUGCAUCCAAAGACUCAGUAAUUGAGGAAGCUGAGGUUGAGAAACGCCGGCUGCUGGAUGUCGUCGCCAGGGCCGAUAAACACGCUCAGGACAUUGGCAACCUGGUACAGGAGGCAGAACGGGAUCGCCAACUAGCACUGCGGGCCGCCCGACUCGCAGAGCUGGAAAACUGCCGCCUGCGCGAGGACUUGGAACAGGCCCUAGCCAAUUGCCGUCUGCCUCAUCUAGGCUCUGGUGCCAACGAUCCCGACCGUCAACAGGAGACUCAGGAAAAACUGGACGCUCAGAUUCACACCUUGCGCAAAACCUGUGAUCAGUUGCAGUCGGAAAAUGCCCGGUUGAAGCAGGCAGUAGCCACCAUGUCGGCGCAAGCCCAACUCGAGGCCUCUAUGGUCGUCGCGGAGGUGGGCGGUGGUGAAAGAGAAGACCAACCCCACCAGAACAGAAAGAAGUCACUGGAAGAGGAGGGCCGUGUGGAGGCGCGCGAGGAAGUUGAACGGCUGAGAGCCGAACGCGACAAGCUGCUGGCCAUUAGCAACCGACUUCAUGCACAGCUGAAGCGACGACAGUGGUGUGAAAAUGACCACAGUCAGCCGCCAGCGCAACCACUGCAUGUGCAGGUCCGACAGCUGGAAACUGAUGAGGAGGACCGCGCCUCUCCGGUGAUUGAAGUUUAUCCUUUGCGGCCGGUUCCUCGGCUGCGCAUGGGCAGGGAGGCGAUGUGUGGCAGUGGCAACUCCACCUCGCCUAGCAUCACAGGACGACGAUCCGCGUUGAGUGCACUGCGACUGCUGCAGGAUCCGCCCUCGCCCCUAUGUAUCGUGAAGUCUCAGGUAAAGAAACAACAGAUGCUCCGCAAGCCGCAGCCCAGCAGGUCUCGAAGGUCCGAAGUGGCCACCAAAAGCUGA